CCUAGCUGCCUUCGAGUGUUUAAUUUUUGGAAAUAAAAUUAAUAUUGCUAAAUUAUUCGCGAUAACAAGUAUCAAGCUUACGUCCAAUAUUGCCUUAGACUAUGUGGGUGUACUUUAGAUGUAAACUUUGUGUACAAUAUUGUUAAGUUAGCAGUUUGAUGUAAAGCGUAUCGUGGAGGGAUUUGGGAAAAAUUCUAAUAAGAUUCGAGGUUUCUGAUUAGUCUAGUUAAGAAGACGUCGACGAUAUGUCGAGAAGAAAGUUGCCGCCGCCAGGUUUCAACUUCAAGCCUCCAGAGGAGCAGAUCGUAACACCACCAAGAAACUUGGACAAGCAGACUACAAUCACAGUAGAUGACAAGACAUUCACAGUGCAUGCUGAUGACCUGAUAAAGAUUUGUGACCUGGGCCGCGGUGCCUAUGGUAUUGUGGAGAAGAUGAAACAUAUCCCCAGCGACACCACCAUGGCAGUCAAGAGGAUCACAGCAUCAUUCAACAGUCAGUCUACAGAGCUGAAGCGUCUGCUCAUGGACCUGGAUGUGUCCAUGCGAGCCAGUGCCUGCCCAUAUACAGUGCAUUUCUACGGCGCCAUGUUCCGCGAGGGAGACGUCUGGAUCUGCAUGGAGGUGAUGGACAUGAGCCUUGACAAGUUCUACAUGAAAGUCUACCAUAACAACCGCACCAUACCUGAAAACAUUCUCGGGAAAAUCACGUUCUCUGUAGUCAGUGCUUUACACUAUUUAUAUUCUAAGCUCAGAGUAAUUCACAGAGAUGUGAAGCCAUCUAAUAUUCUGAUCAAUAGGAAAGGAGAGGUUAAGAUGUGUGACUUUGGUAUAUCUGGAUACUUAGUGGAUUCUGUUGCUAAGACUAUUGACGCGGGCUGCAAGCCAUACAUGGCGCCCGAGAGGAUCGACCCUAGCGGCAACCCGGGCCAGUACGACAUCCGCAGCGACGUGUGGUCGCUCGGUAUCUCCCUGAUAGAGCUAGCCACUGGCAAGUUCCCCUACAACACGUGGGGCACGCCAUUCGAACAGCUCAAGCAAGUCGUCAAGGACGACCCCCCGAGACUGCCGAGCGGACAGUUCUCCGAGCAGUUUGAGGACCUGAUAGUGCAAUGUCUGCAGAAGGACUACAAACAGAGACCGAACUACGACGCGCUGCUGACGCACCCAUUCUGCCUCGGACACAGUCAGGAGAUCGAUGUCGCGACUUUCGUUCAAGAAAUAUUAGACUUACCAGAUGCGUCCUAGUGAUGGACACUAUUUACGUACCUAUUAAGUACAAGCGUUUACCGACUAACCUUAAUGUAGUUUAAUAAUUGAAAGAUAUAAAAUAAUGUUAUUAACCAUAAAAAAUAAAUUAUGUAUUCUUUAUCGAGUGCCGACCGCCAACGGCGUGCGCGGUCAUUUUAAAUGUUUGAUUUCAGAGAUGAUUUAUUAUUGUCUAUUACCUGGAGUGAUCAUGUUUUGUGUAAGAGGAACAUUGUCAAUUUAGUAACGUAGCUGUAGUAAGAGGGUAGAUGAAGUAAGAAUAAUUUUCGCUAAUACGGUUUUAUCUACAUAACUAUAGUCUGUUAAUUUGACCUCAGAGCUCAGAGCGAACAAAGGAAUUGGUAUAACAAAAUAAUGACUGGCAACAUUUAAUAAGCAUCACA